AUAAAUUUAUAGAUGAGCAAUUUAAGAAUUUAUUACAAAAAUUAAAUAUUCAACCAUUAACCUGUAAUAAUUAUGCUAAUUAUCGUCAAGAAGUGAUAGGUUCCCCAAUAAAAGAAAUAGUACCAGUCGAUUAUGGAAAAACAAUAUUUGUACACUUUACAUAUUGUUCAAGUAUGAGAACAUUUCCAAAAAAAUUUCAUACUCUUUGGAAUAAAUAUUUUGGCAAAUCUCCGAUUAAUGAUGUUUUGCCUAUUCUUGGUACACGUAAUAUUAAAAAUCCUGAUAUGAUUAAUAAUCAUUACAAAUUUAUCGUUCGUGAUGAUAUUGGUAAUUGCCCUCAAAUAAUAUUAAUUCAUAUUAAUGGACUUUAUAUUGAACAAACAAAUAUUCCGUUGAAAAAUACUGAUUUAAAAUCAUCAUCAGAACAAACAACACGUCGUGCAUCGGGUUAUUCUGAAUAUGAUCAUCGACCUUUAACUAAUUAA